AUGACUAAUUUACAAGAAGCCAUUAAUUUAACUGAUGACUUAAGCAGAGAAAUAUUUAUUUCGUUGCGAGAGAAAAUUUGUGUUUUUAAUUCUACACCCACGCAAUGUAUACUCUCAAUGUUUUAUUUCUUUGAAUUAUUGGAUGCUAAUGGAUUUGCAUUUAAUAAUGUGGCAGGUGAUGCAUGUUGGUUAGUUCAAAAAUUAAAGCAACAACAUGAACAUUUAUGCAUUGAAAACAGCUUAGAAGUUAACAAACGGGACAAGAAUGAAUGA